AAAGAAGGUAAAUCUGGAUACGAUACGUUGAUCAGGGUAUCACUGUGUUGGAAGAUGCUGGCGUUGCGGCAAGAAAUAAAGACAGAGACACAAAGAAUAGGCCCAUGAUUUGUGGGGAAACAACAUGAACAUACCUGCUGUUCAGCUCUCCUGUCUGAUCCUUUAUCUGAACUCCUGAAGCACUAACUAAAGUCAACAAAGAAAGGCCUGGUUAAUGCUUGAUAACUUAAAGGCCCCAGAAUUGAUGCUUUCAUCUCACACAUCUUCAUGUAUUUCCUGAUUAUCGUCUGCACUUUUACCAUCUCUACAUUCCUCCCUCCUCGGCAUUAAAUCAAUCACAGGACGGACGGCAUUGCUAUGGACACGGAGUCCAUCCACUCUGGUUAUUCCCACCACUCCAACAGAUCACGGGGAUCAAACAAACAGAGUGAACGCAGCAGCAGGGAUCGGCACAAAUCACACAGCCGAGACAGCAGCAGCCGCUCUGACAAAAAUGUCAUCAUCAGUGCGUCGUCAGCCCAGCCACAGCAACCGGAUCAGAGCUCCGCCCCCACAGACGCCCAGGAUGACAACUGGGGCGAGACCACCACAGCAGUCACUGGAACAUCAGAUCACAGCUUGUCUCAAGAGGACUUGGCUGGCUUCGGGAAGGAGACGGAAACUCCAGCAGAGAAGUUGAACUGUAUACGCUUCCUUCCUUUGGUCCUCACACUCCUCCUGGGACUGCUAGUCUUGGUCACCCCCCUGGCUUUCCUGGUGCUGCCCCAGCUGGUGUGGCCGGAGCGUCUGCAGGCUUGCGGCACGGCCUGUGAGGGCCUGUUUCUCUCACUAGCUUUCAAGCUCCUCAUUCUGCUACUGGCCGGAUGGGCGUUGUUUGUGCGUCCGGCGAGAGCCUCCCUUCCUAGGAUAGCUGUGUUCCGCGCCCUGCUCGGGUUGCUAACACUCCUUUUGCUGCUCUCUUAUUGGCUUUUCUUUGGGGUGCGCAUCUUGGAUUCACAGGACGAGAACUACCAGGGCAUAGUGCAGUUUGCUGUGUCAUUGGUGGAUGCUCUGCUGUUCAUCCAUUACCUGGCAGUGGUGCUGCUGGAGAUCCGGCAUCUGCAGCCCUGCUUUUCUCUUUGUGUCGUGCGCUCCACUGAUGGAGAGACCCACCACUACAACCUGGGAUUACUGAGCAUACAGCGGGCAGCUCUGGUCAUUCUUGAAAACUAUUAUAAGGAUUUCUCAGUCCACAACCCUGCCCUACUGACAGCUGCUAAGUCCAGGGCAGCUAAACAUCUGGCUGGCUUAAAGGUCUAUGAUGUAGAUGGUGCUGGUAGUGAGGCUGCAACUGCUCAGUCUCGUGCUAAAAUUGCUGCUGCUGCCCGGCACAGAGACACCAGCCACAACGAGCUGUACUAUGAGGAAGCAGAGCAUGAGAGAAGAGUCCGGAAACGCAGGGCACGACUGGUGGUGGCAGUAGAGGAGGCAUUCACACAUGUUAGACGGCUGCAGGAGGAGGAGAAAAAGAAACCGCCGGGAGAUGAGAUGGAUCCUCGUGAGGCAGCACAGGCCAUCUUCCCAUCCAUGGCACGAGCAUUGCAGAAAUAUCUACGCACCACCCGACAGCAGCACUGCCAUAGCAUGGACAGCAUUCAGGCCCACCUUGCACUCUGCAUCACAAACAACAUGACCCCAAAGGCAUUUCUAGAGAGCUAUCUGGUCGCUGGGCCCACACUGCAGUAUGGGAGAGAGUGCUUGCAGGCUAGGCAGUGGACGUUGGUCAGCGAGGCAUCUGUCACCAGUCCUCUCCGUCAUGGCACUGAGUUCCAGCUCAAAUCUUAUGACUUCAGCUUGGUGGUCACCAGCAAAGCUAUCCCUCAUGUCAAACUCAGCGAGGAGUUCGUCCACCCCAAGUCCCACAAGUUCGUACUGCAACUGCAGUCCGAGACCUCCGUCUGAUGGAUUACAUUUUUCUUUGUCGAUUUUGUUUUCUACACAUGUAAAUUUUGGACUAGUACUAUUUUGUUUUAAAUUCUUUUUCACGAUUUAUAAAUGGCAUUUUACAUACUGGAUGUAUUUUGAUACAAUAUUUGUUAUGGCCAUGAACAGAUAAUAAUAAUAAAAAAAAACUAUGUAUUGCAUUACCUAGUGCUGGCAGGUGUGAUUGUGCAUUUGUGCUGUUUGUUUGUAUGUUACACUGUGCAAAGAGCAAAUGCAAAUUACAUCAUGUGAUUAGCAACAGACUGAGACAUUAUGGGCAGAGUUUUGUUUUUUGCAGGUAGAUAUUAUUUAGAAUAUGUGUGUGUGUGUGCUUGUGUGUGUGUGUGUGCAUAAUUGAGAAAGCAACAAAACAUGUUUAUUAAAAACAAGCCCAUUAAUGCUGCCUAAAGCUUGACAUUUCUUUGUUAAUGAAAGCACAAAAGAGAAUAACAACAUGUCAUGCCUUUUUUCUACUGUUCUAAAAUUCUCAAAGGAUAAUGUACAUUUUCUUUUGCAUAUAAAAAAGGAAGAUUGUGUUGUAUUAGAUUUUCCUACAUUGUCCAGGUGUUACAGCAUACAUUUUCCCCAUUACUCAUAAACAGUUCGUCGUAUUUGAAUACUGCUCAUGAAAUCCAAUGCAUUCUGUUUGGUAGGAGUUUAAUUUAUUGACUAAGCAUACAAAACUCUGCUGUAACAAAUUAAAAGCCACAAACAAAUGUCUUGCAACUAUUACUUAUCAGUGUUAUAUUCAUGAAUUCUUAAAUUUGAAAUGUAAGACAAAUUAACCUUUAGUUUAAUUUGAGUUUUAAAAUGGCAAAAUUUCCUACAGAACAGAACAACAGAAAUGUCAAUACUUUGCUUCAUUGUGUCAAUGGAAUGCAAAGACUUGGGAUGGCCUCACCAGAAAUAAAAAUAUUUGGGCGAUUUAUGUGGGUUUUAUUAUUAUUAUUAUUAUUAUUAUUAUUAUUAUUAUUUAAUUUUUUGCUGGUGGAAUCAAUUGUGUAAAUGUUUGCUAACCUAACACUUGAAAAUCUCAAUCAGGAAAUUCUGUGGCAAUUUCUUGAUUGUAAAACACUGGAUGUUGGACGAAAACAUGUUGUAUCCAUUGUUCAUCAAGAACUUAUGUUUUGUGGCAGAUUCUUAGUAAAUUUUAAACUGUAAUUUUUUUUGUUUACUGAUUCAGAGCCAUUCCCCCAUGUAUGUGUAUAUAUUAUAUAUAUAGAAUAUUUCAUAUGCUGUACUGUAUGUAUAUAUUUCAUUUAUUAGUGUAUGUAGUUCACAAUCACUUUGUGUACAACCAGGCAUUUACUUGUGUUUAUAUAAUGCUAUAAUUUUGAUUUUCCUUAUUACUGUAAUCACCAUAAUUUCAUUCAAUUUGGCCUGUUGAAUCCCCCUGAAAUGAAUUGUCUAGAUUUGUCUAAACCAUUCAUAAUGAGGAUUUUUUGUGAGACAAAGGACAUUGCAGCACGGAAUUUAUUGUCAUUGGAAAAUUGAAGUUAAACGCAUGCUGUUUUUAGAUGACUGUUUGGUUUCUGAACUAGAGCUAAGGUCAAUUCUAAAGUACAGCCAUCUUUUUUAUAAAUAGUUAACAAAAAAAUCUAAAGCACAAAUUAUCAUAAAGUGUCCACAAUGUUUUUAUUUAUUGUUUUCUAUAUUAUCCUGUAACAAGUUGGACAUUCUCUUUUUCUGAAGGACCAAUCACACGCAUAAUGUCCUGUCAAGUGAAAUAUAUUGUGUGAUAAAUAUA